UUGCAACUCCCACAGAGCUGUGGUGUCCCCCGAAUACCCUAGCGGCGGCGGCGGCGGCGGCGGCGGCGAUGGAUGAGCUGGGUGGAGGCGGCGGGAAGAAGGGCAAGGCAUGGCCCUGGUGGCUUGGAGCGAGUGCGGCCCAGAUCACCGGCGCGCUGGUUUGGUUCCGGCGAGGCAAGGGCGGCAGCGACAUGACGAUGCCAUUCAGGGCGUUCGCCGUCGCCUCUCUCUUCGUCGGCGCCGGCGCCACGACCGUCACCGCCGGAGUGUCCGCGGCGGGCGUCGGAUCGGUGGAGGAGAUGAAGGGCUUGGGCGCGAGGAUCCGGAAGUGGAGCAGAGUUCCUCCUCGCCGGGUGGAGGGAGGCGAGUAGUAGUGCUGCCAUGGAUUUGAUCUAGGAAAGUACUGGAGCGGCAAGAGUUUGCAUGUGGUCUGGAUUGCUUCACAUGAUCACACAUUUGGGAGAUGCAAAGCAAUAAUCACAUCUGUACUGUACUCUGUAACGUUGUAGCGAAAGCUUGUUUACUCGAAUUUUGAUCCUGCCUUCUCGAUUAUAGCCAUUGUACUCGUCUCAAACUUGUGAAACUGCUUGCUUAAAAGAUUUGGUAAUGUUAUUUGACGAAUGUCAGCCGGAAGGGGUUGACAAGCAAA